AUGCUACAAGUAACAGAACAACCAUUGAAUAAUACAAGUGGACCAUUUACAUAUACAUGGAUUGUUAAAAAUUUUCAAGAUCUUUAUAAUCAAAAAUGUCUUGAAUAUUAUUAUAGUGAUCCUUUUAUCUCUCAUUCAACGAGUGAAAAAGUUAGUAUGGAUGAAGACUCUACCACCACCAUCGAUAAAAUUGAACAUAAAUGGAGAUUAUUACUUUAUCCUCAUGGUCAUCGAUCAAAAAAAGUAAAGACACAUAUUUCUCUUUAUCUUUCAGCGAUACAAAGUAAAUUUGAAAAAGAGAAUAAUAUAAAAACAAGAACUUCAAAGUGGAGGUUUGAAAUACUUAGAAUAAAUAAUGAAAUUGAAAAUCCUAAAAUCACAAGAAAGUUAUCAAAUCCUACCGUAACAACUAAUGGAUUAUCAAGAUUAAAUGGUUAUAGAAAUAUGUUGGAAAAACAAUUCAUAUUUAACAAUGAAAAAGAACCGACAUGGGGAAGUGUGAAAUUUUGUGAAUUUGAAACAAUAUUUCCUAAUAAUCUUGAUUCAAAAUUUAAUUUAAUAAGAAUGGAUAAAGUUGAUAUAGUAAUUCGUGUACAUUUUUUUGAUGAAAGUUAUACAGCAACAAAUUACGAUUUGGAAAUGCUUAAUAUUGAUAUUUUAUUAAGAUUUGGACCAAGAUUAGAUGAAUAUUUUGAUAACGAAAGAUUUAGUGAUGUUAUAUUUAAAUUUGACUGUGGAUCUCAACUUUAUGUAUCAAGACUGGUUUUGGCUUCAAGAUCAAUUUAUUUUAAGACAAUGUUUAACGGUGAAUGGUUGGAAUCAAAAUCUUUAAACAUUCAUAUUAAAGACGUUGAUCAUAAAAUCUUUAGAAUUAUAAUUUACUUUUUAUAUACAGGUAUUCUUGAAGAUGGAUUGACAUUUGAUACGUUGGUAAAUGUUUAUGCAGAAGCAGAUAUGAGAGAAAUAGAUGAAUUGGCGAAACUCAUUAUAUUACGUGUAGUAGAAAUGGUAGAUAAAGAUAAUUGGGAUGAUGUAUUACUGCUUGGAUGGGCAACGGAUAAUUAUUGGUUAAAAGAUCAAGCAUUAAUGUAUAUUCAUAGUAGAUGGGAGGAAUUGAAAGAUACUGAGAGAAUGAAAAAGUAG